CUCUUCCCCUCUCCAUCGCUCCCUCUCUCUGUCUCUCUCUCUCUCUCCCUCCCCCCCUCCCUCCCUCCCUCCCUGUGAAGUCGAGACUAAUGGCAAUGGAGGGACAAGCGGAAGCCCUAACCCUGACGGAGCGGAUCCGGGUGAACGGGGUGCCUACGGAGGCUAGCCUGGCCGCCCACGGCACGCUCCAGUGGAAGGGCGGCGACGGCGGCGAGCGAUGCCUGACGGUGGAGUCGGAGGUGCUGGGGUUCGAGGCCGAGGGGCUGAGAAUCACACUCAGGGCCUUCGUGGGGGGAUUCCAAGGGGUUUCUUGCGGCGGCGGAAGCCUCGGGAAGAGGACGAGGAGAGACUACGUCCUGGAGCUUCCAACAGAGGAGGCCGCUAUUCGAUGGAGCGAGCGGCUGAGGGAUUGCAUCAAUUCCCUUGGUCGACCAAAGAGGUUAUUUAUUAUUGUAAAUCCCUUUGGUGGUAAGAAAUGUGGACAUGCAAUCUUCCAUAAUGAAGUCAAGCCCCUUCUUGUAGCCGCUGAUAUUCCUUAUACAAUGCAAGGCUUUGCUUUUCUUCAGAGACAAAGUCUCAGUUUCAUGCUCAAGAAAUUGCCUAUUCAUUGGAUCUUCUAAAAUAUGACGGGAUUGUAUGUGUUAGUGGUGAUGGUGUUCUUGUGGAGGUAGUCAAUGGCUUGCUGCAAAGAGAGGACUGGGAUACUGCAAUUAAAUUGCCUCUUGGGAUCAUUCCAGCAGGCACAGGGAAUGGCAUGGCAAAAUCACUUCUGGAUUCAGUUGGUGAUUUGUACUCUGUGUCCAAUGCUACAUUUGCGGUUAUCAGAGGUUACAAACGCUCACUCGAUGUUAUUACUGUUUUGCAAGGAGAGACGAAGUUCUUUAGUAUCUUGAUGCUUACUUGGGGUUUGGUGGCUGAUAUUGACAUCGAGUCUGAGAAGUAUAGGUGGAUGGGAAGUGCUCGUUUUGAUUUUUAUUCUCUCCUGCGGAUAAUGAACUUGCGAAGAUACCAUGGACAUAUUCAAUUUGUGCCUGCACCUGGAUACGAGUCAUAUGGGGAACCGAUCAAGCAAUACAGCAGCUGCAUGGGCAACACCAUACUGUCUGAACAAGGCCAAGCAAAUAAUGCUAAAGUUCAAUCGUGUGGUUACCCAGGCCCUGUGGCUUCUUUGGAUGGUCUGGAAUGGAGGUCAAUUGAUGGCCCUUUUGUUUCAGUUUGGAUUAACAAUGUGCCUUGGGCUGGUGAAGAUGUUAUGCCAGCACCUGAAGCUAAGUUCUCAGAUGGCUGCUUGGAUGCAGUCGUACUCAGGGAUUGUCCAAAAUCAGCCCUUCUAUCAUUGAUGUUAAAAAUGAGUGAUGGAAGCUAUGUCAAAUCACCGUACGUCUCAUAUCUCAAGGUGAAGGCAUUCCGGUUAGAGCCUGGUCAGCGUGUUGGGAGACCCAGCAAGGGUGGUAUCGUCGAUUCUGAUGGCGAGGUCAUCGCUAGGGGAGAUCGAGUGAAUAAUGGCAAUCAGCAGGAGAAUCUAAUGUCCUAUGGCCCUCCCAUUCAGAUGACAGUUGACACAGGUUUAGCUACUAUAUUCUCUCCUAGAUGAUCUGUUUUUCUCCCCCCUUCUCAUAUGUCCGUCUUCCUCCUCUUAGUACCAUGUACGCAUACAUGUUAAAGGAGCAAGAAGCAGCAAAUAUGUGGCUGUUAAUUUUUUUUAUCAGCUAUUGAGUCCAUGGUACACUGGACCAUAUCGAACAGUCUCGUAUUGUACCAUUUGAUAUAAUAAUAAUGCGGCAUCGGUAUGGGUUCCGCACCAACAGAGAUAUUCUUGUUAGGUCUA